AUGAACUUUUACAAGUCGGCUGCACUCGCUUUGGAUCACCUGGAGAAGAAUCAAGGGUCUGUCAAGGGAUCACUGGCUGCUGCCGGGGUCAAUGCCGUUGGUGGGGAAGCAAAGAGGAUUUUGGCUCUGAUCAUCGAGACUCUGAAAUACCGCCCUGUGCUCCUUCAACUACUCACCACCGUACCCAUCCUCUCGCUCGAAAAGCUUACAUUCCCGCGCAAAACGCCCUUCCGCGCCCCCUCCUCCCAAAGCCUCGUUCUCGUCCUCUUGCAUGACCUCCUGUUCUCCCCCCGCACGCGGAUAGAAGCGUCCGACAAAUGGCCGCCCAAGCCUGCUGUGAUGCGCCAUCAAGCGAGGCUUAAAGCCGAGCUGGUGCGGAUCCAGAUCAAGGAAGGCAAAGGCCGAAAAGAAGACCUGGCCAAGACUGCAGGGGACGGGGAGGCUGUGCGGUAUGUGAGGUUCAACCCUAACGCUGGGAGGACUCUCGAAGAGCUGUCUGAACAUUUGACGAAGAAGGGGUAUGAGAGGCUGGAAGAGGCGGUAUACCCCGUGCCGGAGGGCAAGUACUUUGCAGACCCUCAUCUGCCAGAGGUGCUGUUUGCUUUCCCGGGCAACUCGAAUUGGUGGGUAGGAGACGAGUGGUAUGAGGGCGGUGGGGCGAUCUUGCAAGAUAAGGCGAGUUGUAUGCCUGCGAGAGUGUUGAUGGAGGAGUGGGUGGAAGGCGAGGGAGAGUGUUUGGAUGCUACGGCUGCACCGGGAAACAAGACUAGCUACGUCUCGGCUUUGAUGAGCAACAAGGGCAAGCUGCACGCGUUCGAACGCUCCCCCAACCGCUUCAAGACGUUGGAAAAGAUGCUGGCAAAAGCCAAAUGUACCAACGUCAAGGCCCAGCGUGCCGACUUUACCGACUCUGACCCCAAGAGCAAGGAAUUCAAGAACGUUACCAGAAUAUUGCUGGAUCCCAGUUGUUCUGGAUCGGGUAUUGUGAAUAGGCUGGACUAUCUCGUGGACGACGACACGGAAGAGUCCGAUUCCAAGAAUGAGCGCCUGGAGAAGCUGGCCGGUUUCCAGCUGCAGAUGAUCCUCCAUGCCUUCAAAUUCCCUAAUGUAAAUCGCAUCGUCUACUCGACUUGCUCGAUACACGCAGAGGAGGACGAGCGUGUCGUGAUGUCUGCGUUGCAGUCUGGUAUCGCCAAGGAACGCGGCUGGGGUCUGGCCAGGCGGGCUGGGGUGAUUCCGAGCUGGGAAAGGCGAGGGCGACCGGAGGAGACUGGUGGCAAUGAGGACCUGGCAGAAAGUGUGAUUCGAUGCCUUCCUGAGGACAAGACGAACGGAUUCUUUGUGUCUUGUUUUGUGCGCAACGGUCUUCGGCCCGAAGAUGGGGUGACAAGGGAUCAGCGGCCCAGCAAACGUUCGCGUGAUGAGAUCGAGCCAGUGGCUGAGGACGCGCCAGCUGAGGGAGGAGAUGAGGCUGAAGAUGGAGAUGAAAGGGGCAAGAAAUCGAAGACGGAGGCGCAGGUGGAGCGAGCAAGACGGAAGAAGCAGCUGCAGAAGGCCAAGAAACGCAAGACGGGGAAGUAA